ACUCCUUUCCUCCCUUCCCUCCCUCAUCUUUCUCUCCUCUCUUAGUUGACUUAGGUGUGCUGUCAAGUCCAGUAGAGUUCUUGCCUCAGUCUUUCAAGAUGUCCUGGACCCGGGUCUUUGUCCUCUCUUUGCUCACUACCCUCCUCAUCCUCACCUUUUUCAGUGUGGUGGAAAGUGCAGCAGUACGGGACGACUCAAAACCAUCCGAUCGUACAGGUGCAGCGCGGCAGGUGUUCAUGCCUGAGUCAGAAGCCUCCAACUUCUUCAAACGCCGUAGUCGCCGCUCUGUCCGAUACUACGAGCAGCUGGCUGAGCAGAGGGUAAAGAUGGCAGCGAAUGAGCGGAGGAGGGAGCACAAUGAGGAGCAGAGGAAUGAGUAUGAGAAUUACGUCGAGGAGGAUCGUGAUGAGGUAAAUGAGAGAUCAAGGGAGACACAGGAGCAGCUGCGAGAAUAUCACUAUGAUGGCCGCUAUCCUCGCUAUCACUGGUUCCACUGAGCAACCGCAGUCAUGUGGGGGGUCGGGCUACAGCACCUGUCAUCGGAGCAGCAGUAAUAGUGCCAUCACUUUCACCCUUUACCAAAGGUCAAGUUAUCGCCACAUUUUCUACUUUAAUCAAGUUAAAAGUUUUCUUUUCUUUCGCUUUAUUUUUAUACAACCUAAACUGUGCAAUAUGUGUCUCCAUGUCAAACUGUAAAGCAUAUUCAAAGUGCAGUUUUUUAUUGUAAGCUAAGCAUUAUCACAUUCAAUGGAGGCUAUAUGUUUUGCAUGCUUGUUUUUCAGCCUUUUACAUGUACAUACAAGCUAUACAAUGUCUUCUAUGUCAGCCUGAGGCAUUAGUAACAACAAAUCAACCUUGUGUAAUGUAUUAACAAUUGACUUGUUUUACCACAGGGGGAUUUUAGUUUUAUUUUUGCUAAGAAACUGACUUCAUUUCUUUAAGACAAAAUGACAAAUAAAGAUAAGUUUCCUGAA